GAGAGUAGUACUGAAGGCGAAGGGAGCCGGCGGAGAUCCACGCAAGGGAGAGCCAGGAGGAGAGCAGGGCAGGACGGCCCAGUGGUUACGAUGGGAACCUCGCCGGAGGUGCCGGUGGAAGAGGCUGCGGGCAUGAACCGCGCCAAGUUGCGUCGGUGAUGGCUUGAGCGGAGCGGCUGGAAAGUUGCAGGGGAGCUUGCUCUAUGCCCGGCUGGCUGAGUCCCUUGUCCGGAGCAGCCAGCGGUGGUCUCCCGUCUCGAUCCUCCCCGUGUGAAUCCCCCUUCCUUUUGCGCGUAACUUGGCGAUCGCCAUGUCGAAAGUGAUCCAGAAGAAGAACCACUGGACGGCCAAAGUGCACCAGUCCACGGUGAGACGCAACGCUCAGGGCCAGCUCGGGGUCACCAUCCUCGGCGGAGCGGAAUACGGAGAGUUUCCUUACGUCGGGGCGGUGGAGGUCGAAGGGGAGGCGACGCUGCCCGGCGACAACGGCGAGGGCAAACUUGGCGAAGGGGAGCUACUGUUGGAGGUGCAGGGUAUCCGGGUAUCGGGGUUGCCCCGCUAUGACGUGCUGGAAGUGCUUCGGAGCUGCAAGGAGCCCAUUGUUUUCAAAGCCGUCCGGCAAGGAAGUCGUCUGAACAAGGACCUGAGACAUUAUCUCAACCAGAGGUUUCAGAAAGGAUCUCCAGAUCAUGAGCUGCAACAGACCAUUAGAGAUAACCUUUAUCGCCAUGCUGUGCCUUGCACAACACGUCCUCCAAGAGAAGGAGAAGUGCCUGGUGUGGACUAUAACUUUCUGAGCGUGCAAGAGUUUCUUGAACUUGAAAAAAGUGGAACUCUUCUUGAAGUAGGAACCUAUGAAGGUAACUAUUAUGGAACACCCAAACCUCCCAGCCAACCCCUCAGUGGGAAAGUGAGUAACGCUGAUGCUUUGCAAAACCUCCCGUCAAGUUCCAAGCAGUCAACUCCCAAACGAACCAAGUCCUACAAUGAUAUGCAAAAUGCUGGUUUAGUACAUGCAGAGAAUGAAGAGGAUGACACCCCUGAAAUGAGCAGUAGCUUUACAGCCGACUCUGGUGAACAAGACGAGCACAAUAUACACAGUAUAAGAGAUGCAGUUCUCCCAUCUCUGAAUAGUAGCAUCAUCACUGUUCCCACCACGGAAACUUCUGAGAAGCUCCCUCAAUACCUACCUCCUUGUGCAGAGGAAAACUUGGGUCCUCUGCCUGAAAACUGGGAGAUGGCUUAUACAGAGAAUGGAGAAGUCUACUUUAUAGAUCAUAAUACUAAAACAACGUCUUGGCUAGACCCAAGGUGCCUGAACAAACAGCAAAAGCCUCUAGAAGAAUGUGAAGAUGAUGAAGGGGUACACACGGAGGAACUGGACAGUGAACUAGAACUGCCUGCUGGUUGGGAAAAGAUUGAAGAUCCUGUAUAUGGUGUCUACUAUGUAGAUCACGUCAACAGGAAAACGCAAUAUGAGAAUCCAGUUCUGGAAGCAAAAAGGAAAAAGCAGCUUGAGCAACAACCACCAUCACAGCAACCAGCACAACCACCUGAAGAAUGGACUGAAGAGAAUCCCCCUCUUGCCCCUCCUGUUGUUGCAAACCACGUUCCCACUAACCAGGAGACAGUUAGAGAUGUUCCAGUACAAGCAGGGAAACCAUUUUUCACCCGGAACCCAUCUGAACUGAAAGGGAAGUUCAUUCACACCAAACUGAGGAAAAGCAGCAGAGGCUUUGGCUUCACUGUGGUCGGCGGAGACGAACCAGAUGAAUUUCUCCAGAUAAAGAGUUUGGUGCUUGAUGGGCCUGCAGCACUGGAUGGCAAAAUGGAAACAGGAGAUGUUAUUGUCAGCGUGAAUGACACAUGUGUCCUGGGCCAUACCCACGCCCAAGUGGUCAAAAUCUUCCAGUCCAUUCCUAUUGGUGCCAGUGUGGACCUAGAACUGUGCCGAGGCUAUCCUCUGCCUUUUGACCCAGAUGAUCCCAACACAAGCCUGGUGACAUCUGUGGCCAUUUUGGAUAAAGAACCAAUCAUUGUGAAUGGGCAAGAAAACUACGACUCUCCAGCAAGCCAUGGUAGUAAAACAGGGAAAGUAAAUGGGAUGAAAGAGCAGAGGCCUAGCAGUCCCCCUGAGGUUUCUUCCAAUGGAUCCCACGGCUACCCCAACGACACAGUAUCUUUGGCUUCUUCUAUAGCAACGCAACCUGAACUCAUAACUGUACAUAUAAUUAAAGGGCCAAUGGGCUUUGGCUUUACUAUAGCAGACAGUCCUGGGGGUGGGGGACAGAGAGUGAAGCAAAUUGUUGACAGCCCAAGAUGCCGGGGCCUAAAAGAAGGGGAUCUUAUAGUUGAAGUCAACAAGAAGAAUGUGCAGAAUCUAACUCACAACCAAGUUGUGGAUAUGCUGAUUGAAUGUCCUAAAGGAAGUGAGGUGACCCUGCUGGUACAGCGAGGAGGAUUGCCAGCCCCAAAGAAGAGUCCAAAGUCGCAACCACUUGAACGGAAAGACAGCCAAAACAGCUCUCAGCACAGCGUCUCGAGCCACCACAGCACACACACGGCUUCACCUGUUCAUAGCACUCAGGUGCUUCCCGACUACCCUGUUCCUGAAACACCAGCUACAGACCAGCCGGACAACACAGGGCAGAAGAAGCCAGAUCCAUUCAAAAUCUGGGCCCAGUCCAGGAGCAUGUAUGAAAGCCGACUUCCAGAUUAUCAAGAGCAGGAUAUCUUUCUCUGGAGGAAGGAAACUGGUUUUGGAUUUAGGAUUCUUGGUGGAAAUGAGCCUGGGGAACCAAUUUACAUUGGUCAUAUUGUGCCAUUGGGUGCUGCAGAUGCUGAUGGUCGCCUGAGAUCCGGAGAUGAAUUGAUCUGUGUGGAUGGAACGCCAGUGGUUGGGAAAUCACACCAGCUUGUAGUCCAGCUUAUGCAACAAGCUGCAAAGCAAGGCCAUGUCAAUUUAACUAUCAGGCGCAAAGUGGUGUAUACAGUCCCCAAGGCAGAGAAUGAGGUGCCCUCUCCAGCCUCGUCUCAUCACAGCAGCAACCAGCCAGCUUCUUUGACAGAGGAGAAACGCACUCCCCAGGGAAGCCAAAACUCUCUCAACACAGUCAGUUCAGGCAGCGGAAGCACCAGUGGUAUUGGCAGUGGUGGAGGUGGAGGCAGUGGCGUGGUGAGCACUGUGGUCCAGCCGUAUGAUGUAGAAAUACGGCGCGGCGAAAAUGAAGGUUUUGGAUUCGUCAUUGUGUCUUCCGUUAGUCGCCCAGAAGCUGGAACAACUUUUGCAGGCAAUGCAUGUGUGGCCAUGCCUCACAAAAUAGGUCGGAUUAUUGAGGGGAGCCCAGCAGACCGGUGUGGGAAGCUGAAAGUUGGAGACCGGAUAUUGGCCGUUAAUGGAUGCUCCAUCACCAACAAAUCACAUUCGGACAUCGUCAACCUAAUUAAAGAAGCAGGAAAUAUGGUGACUCUGCGCAUAAUUCCAGGGGAUGAAUCCUCCAAUGCAACAUUAUUGACCAAUGCAGAAAAAAUUGCUACAAUUACAACCACACAUACUCCUCAACAAAUGCCACAGGAGACCAGAAACAAUGCAAAGACAAAACAGGAAUCCCAGUUUGAUUUCAAAGCACCCACAGCCUCCCAGCCAGAACAAGAUUUUUACACUGUUGAACUCGAAAGAGGAGCUAAAGGGUUUGGCUUCAGUCUGCGAGGUGGCCGAGAAUAUAACAUGGAUCUCUAUGUCUUGCGGUUAGCGGAAGAUGGUCCUGCUGAAAGAUGUGGAAAAAUGAGGAUUGGGGAUGAAAUCCUGGAGAUCAAUGGAGAAACCACAAAGAACAUGAAGCACGCUCGAGCCAUAGAACUAAUUAAAAAUGGUGGCCGCAAAGUUCGUCUGUUUCUCAAACGUGGAGAUGGUUCUGUACCAGAAUAUGACCCCAGCAGUGACAGGAGCAGCCCAGCCACAGGUUCACAAAAAGUAUCGGAAGUGAAAAACACACGGUAUGACAGACAACAACACUUAUCAUUGGAGCCCAGUUAUCCACCAGAUCUUCACAAAUCAUCCCAGCAUGGAGAGAAGCGGAUAUAUUUUAAGGACCCCAAAAGCAGCAGAGAGUUUGGCAGACAAUCAAACGAGCAUCACACAUGGAAUGGGACUUCUAAAAACAGCAAUAGCAUCCCAACCAGAAAAAAGGACAGGUCACCCGAAAGGAGGCGAGACCGACCACCAGAGAGAGUGGCCAUCAAUGGACAAAAACGAAAACCUCCUGAAAAGAGGAGGGAAGGUACAAGGAGUGCUGAGAAUACUCUGGAAAGAAGAGAAAGGCAUGAGAGGAGAAGAGACUUUUCUCCAGAGAAACGAAGAGAACGGUCACCAACCCACAGACGGGAUAGCUCACCCAGCAGAAGGAGACGGUCGCUCGAAAGGCUAAUGGAUCAGAGGAGAUCACCAGAUAGGAAGAAGGAAAGCUCACCUCCUGAAAGGAGAGCUAAGUCAACUGACAGGAGGAGAGAGAGGACCCCAGAACGAAGAAGAGAGAGGUCUCCCGAUAAACGGAAUCGAGAUGGCAGAGUCAGUUUCCAGGAGAAGGAAGAAUGCAUGCUGAGAUACGACACAAAUAAAAGUAACAGGCACCCAAUGGAACAAAGACGGCGACCCUAUAAAGAGUGCAGCACUGACCUCAGUAUCUAGCAGCUUUUGCAGGCCCAUAACACUCUUGCGGCCUUUCCAGCAUUCGGAAUUCCUAGGAAGGAAGGUAGCAAGCCUCAAAUGCCUCCCACAGCCAUCACACAAAUAAAAUCUAAUCAUCAGAACAUAUUCAUGUGUUUUGCCCAUGGUGUAGGACAGCAUUAAAGUAUUUUUCAGUAUACUCAUUUCAAAACAUACUUGCAAAACGUUCAUCCAGAAGGCUGAUGAAAGUUGUGUUCCUUCCUAACUAGUUACCCUAGUGAGCAUAAAUUCAUUGUACUUUUCUGUGGCUUUGUUGUCCCUUUCUUAGUUUUAUGGUGGGCAAACCAACAGUGGUUAAGAUUUUAUGAUCAACCACACUGUUUUGUUGAUUGAUUGAUUCAUUGCAGUGAUAAAUUUAUGAUUUUCUAAAGAAGGGGUUGGAGGAAGAGGGGGUUGAUCAGUGAAACUGAGAACUACUGUGGAGUGAUUUUUUUUUCUUUACAAAUAAAGAACAUAGUACUCAGAAGAACUAUUUGAAAAGACUACUGCUGGGAUGAAGGAUAUUUAUACAGAUCUACACAGCACAAGUUGUUAAGGAAUGUAUAGUGUGUUCCAUGAACAAUAUGUACUUUGGGUCUCCUUUAAAAGGAAGUAAGGCGGCCAAGGGGUGGUAGUCAUCAUGCAUUGCAUCAUGCACAGGACAGACCAUCAUUUUUGUUCAUAAUUGUGACCAUUAAUGAAAUUUCACAAAGGCAGCACCACUGUUGUUCUUGUUCAACCAGUAGGACCAUGCAGAUGAAACUGGAGCCUGAAUGGUAUCACUUGUUUGCCUUGAAGGGAAAUUGACAUUAAUUUGAUUCCUUAUUCAAGAAGCAUUUUGAGGAACAAAUACUUCUUUCAUAGGCUGGGUUUAAAUGCUUUCAGGUCAGUCUAAGCAUUUAAGUACUCUUGUUGCCAAAUGGAACUGUCUCUCUGGGCUUCUGUUUUUUAAUUAUGAUUAUGAUUAUUAUGAUUAUUAUUAUUGUUAUUAUUAUUAUUAACUUCUUUCCUUUCCACUUUCUGGUUCACCCUUACUUGAGACAAAAGGAAGUGCAUUUGCAAGUUGUCAAACAAACAAAAAGUUAAAAAUCUGGUAUGGAAUUCUUGUGGUUUGUGCUCUACUUCAGACAGUAAUGAAUGGAACCAACCUAUAUAAGGUUCUAUUCUGUUGGGUAUUUUCAUGCAAGUGUGUGUGGUAAGUGUACUGUAGUGCCGAUAGGAGAAUUAAUGGAUAACUGCCUAGCUGAGCCAAAAAUUUGCCGUUACUGUUGGACCACUAAAAAUUUUAAACUGCUGCUUUUUAUUUUACAGUGCAUUGAUGUGUACAUGUACCGUAUACUGUUUCACUGCUUUUUUUCUCCAUAUACCCAUGCACAAACACAUAUACACAAAGAAAAAGGAUUACAAGUCUAUCACUGUUAUUGCCCUGGUACUGUAAAGAAAAAGGAAAGACAAAGAUGGCUUGUGGUUGUGUGUACAGAGUUUAAAUUGUAAUUAACAGAGCCUGUUGAAAACCAACAAAAAGAAACUGUUGCCUUUUUGCUUGUAUAAAAGAGACUUCUUUAUGACAAAAUUUAGCUGUGAGGAAUGUGCUACAUGUUUAUAUUUCUGGAAAAAAAUGGAACAAAUUGAUUCAUGGGGAUAUAUUUUAAUGUAAACUGAAUCAGGUAUGUAAAGCUGUUUUAACAGAAGAUGAUAUAAGUAACUUGGAAGAUUUUCUUGAUUGGAAUAUCCUAUCAUGUCCUCUGGUGGGGCGGGAAGUGCUUCUCGGAGGCAUUUGGGUGCAGUUCUUCAGCAUCAUUUCUUGCCAUGUGCUCUAGUCAUAGUGCUGUUUUUCUGUGUUGAUGAGAAGCGUGGUGUGAGCCAAUCUUUUUUAUAAAACCCUAUGCAUAUAUAAAUACUACAUUGUUCAUAGCUUUAUUUGAAAGAUUGGGUUUAUACAUGACGGUAGUCUAAGUAGAUGUGAACUUUACUCAAUAUAAGAUUCUUUCCUUGGGACAAAAUACAAUGUAUAUGAUGUAGCUACACUGAAGGAAAGAGCCUCUGAAUGCUAUUUUUAUUAUCAAAUAAAGAUUUCCAUACAAAG